AUGUUUAUUAUUGCUCCAGUUCUAUCAAGUGUUGGUGUUAAUAUAGAAGAUACAACUCUUAGUUACAGAACAAUUCAACGAACUCGCAUGCUCUUACAAAAAGACAUUGCUAUAGGGCUAAAAGAUAACUUCAAAGCUCAUGAUAAAUACGUCGUGCAUUGGGAUGGCAAAAUACUGAAUGACAUUGCUGAAUCGAAAUUUGUGGAUCGGUUACCGAUUCUUUUGACUGCUUUUGGUACUGAGCAGUUACUUGGAGUUCCAAAAAUGAAUAGUGGAACGGCAGAAAAUCAAGCAGCAGCCAUCUUAUCGACGUUAAAUCAAUGGGGUAUUAUUCGUUACAUUAAGGCGAUGUGUUUUGACACGACUGCGGUUAAUACGGGAAUCCAUCACGGUACAUGUAAAGAAAUUGAAAAGGCCUUAGGAAAAGAAUUGAUUUGGUUACCAUGUCGCCAUCAUAUUUAUGAGAUCAUUUUAAGGAGUGCAUUCGAAGUGUAUUGGCCAGUAUCAUCCGGACCAAAUAUUCGAAUAUUUGAGAGAUUCAAAAAAUUUUGGGACACAGUAGAUAGAACGAAGUAUAAAUCUGGUGUUGAUGAUACUAUUGUUGCUAAUAUUGUUACGGAUAAAAAAAAUCAUCUAUCUACAUUUAUUACGCGAUACUUACAGUUAUCGCAACCCCGAGAUGACUAUAAAGAAUUAUUGGAAUUGUCAUUAAUUUUUCUUGGAGAAAUGCCUCAAGACCAAGUUUCCUUUAAACGUCCUGGUGCAAUUCAUCACGCAAGAUGGAUGGCAAAGGCAAUUUAUUGCCUAAAAAUAUUUAUUUUUAGAGAUGGAUUUGUCCUUUCUAAGAUAGAAUUGAAUGGUCUUCGACAACUUUGUAUUUUUAUAGUUAUGGUGUAUGUAAGAGCUUGGUUUUCAUCAACUUCUGCGACUUCUGCUGCUAAUCACGACUUAAAGUUCAUGAAAAAUUUAAUUAAGUACAGGCAAAUUAAUCCUUUGAUUUCUUCGGCUACAUGUGAAAAAAUGACUUUACAUCUAUGGUACUUAAGUGAUGAACUUGCCAUUUUAUCACUAUUUGAUGAUACCGUUCCAUUAAACAUAAAGAAAAAUAUUGUCGAAGCUGUUAAGACUCGCGAAGGUACAGAUUCUAAAGCAAGAAGAUUUAUGAUUGAUAAAAAAAAUUUGGAUUCAAUUCUGCAAAAAGACAUAAGUGACUUUGUUUCUAAGAAGUCAUUGAAACUUUUUGAGCUUUUUGAUCUGCCGUAUGAUUUUCUUGACAAAAAUAUUGAUUUAUGGUCUACUGAUGAGAGUUAUAAUGAAAAUAAAGAAUUUUUCGAACAAUUAAAAGUUGUUAAUGAUGUGGCAGAGCGAGGUGUCGCAUUAGUAAGUGAAUAUAACCAAUGCUUAACAAAAAACGAAGAGCAAUUUCAAUUUUUAUUGCAAGUUGUCAAAGAGCAUCGAAAAAAUUACCCUACUUGCAACAAAAAAUUCUUUUUUUCUGCUGAUGAUAUGAAUAAUGAUGAUGAAAAACAGCAGAACAAAAAAGGAGAAAAACAGCACGAGGAUGAUGCAGGGGAACAGCAGCAGGAUUCAUCAUCUCACAUGCAGCGUCGGGCUGGUGUAAGGCGCGCCGAACGUGAUGAAAAGUAUAGUUAUUAA